CGGGCGGGGAAGCCAGGCAAAAGUGCAGCCAGGAGGAGAAGGCGGCGGAAGGUGGGGAUUGAUGCUUCUGUGUUUCUGUUGCCGCUGCUGCGCUCGCGCUGGGAGCCAAGCCCGAGGGAAAGCGGUGGAGAGAUGAUUGCAGAGUUGGUGAGCAGCGCUCUGGGGCUCGCCUUGUAUCUCAACACCCUGAGUGCGGAUUUCUGCUACGAUGACAGCCGUGCUAUCAAGACUAAUCAGGACCUGCUCCCAGAGACCCCGUGGACACACAUUUUCUACAACGAUUUCUGGGGGACCCUUCUAACUCACAGUGGGAGCCACAAGUCCUACCGGCCGCUCUGCACGCUGUCUUUCCGACUGAACCACGCCAUGGGUGGGCUCAACCCCUGGAGCUACCAUCUUGUCAAUGUCCUGUUGCACGCGGCUGUCACCGGGCUCUUCACACGCUUCUCCAAGGUCCUGCUCGGGGACGGAUACUGGACUUUCAUGGCCGGCUUGAUGUUUGCCUCUCAUCCCAUCCACACGGAGGCCGUAGCGGGCAUCGUGGGACGGGCAGAUGUGGGCGCCAGCCUCUUCUUUCUCCUUUCCCUGCUGUGCUACAUUAAGCACUGUUCUACAAGAGGCUACUCGGCCAGAACUUGGGGCUGGUUCCUGGGGACCGGACUGUGUGCAGGGUGCAGUAUGUUGUGGAAGGAGCAAGGAGUAACAGUCUUGGCAGUUUCGGCUGUUUACGAUGUCUUUGUCUUCCAUGGGCUGAAAAUGAAGCAGAUCUUACCUACCAUUUACAAAAGGAAGAACUUGUCUCUCUUUCUCAGCGUUAGCUUGUUAACUUUCUGGGGGACCAGCCUUUUGGGUGCCCGGUUAUACUGGAUGGGAAACAGACCACCAAGCUUUUCCAACUCCGACAACCCUGCAGCCGACUCGGACAGCCUGUUGGCCCGCACACUCACCUUCUUCUACUUGCCUACCAAGAACCUCUGGCUGUUGUUGUGCCCGGACACCCUGAGCUUUGAUUGGUCCAUGGAUGCCGUGCCUCUUCUCAAAACGGUUUGUGACUGGAGAAACCUUCACACUGUGGCCUUCUAUUCUGGACUUCUCCUCCUCGCCUACUGUGGUCUGAAGAACCCGAGCUUGGAAAGAGAGUGCAAUGGGAAAGCUGUGACAAAUGGCAAACAGAAUGCAAACGGCCAUAGCUGCCACGCAGACAUGGAGUACCGGAACUCAGAAAUUAAGCCCAGCUUUGCAUCCAAAGUGGAGAAUGGCAUUAAAAAUAACAUAUCGCAGAGAACUCAGCUCCCUUCCACAGAGAACAUUGUUGUUCUGUCCUUGUCUUUGUUGAUAAUUCCCUUUAUUCCUGCCACGAACCUGUUUUUCUAUGUUGGCUUUGUAAUUGCAGAGCGAGUGUUAUAUAUUCCCAGUAUGGGCUUCUGCCUUCUGAUCACAGUGGGUGCCCGAGCUCUUUAUGUCAAAGUCCAAAGGAGGUUUCUCAAGAGCCUGGUUUUUUAUGCUACAGCAAUGUUAAUUGUCUUCUACGGACUCAAGACGGCCGUCAGGAAUGGAGACUGGCAAAAUGAGGAGAUGCUCUAUAGGUCAGGGAUAAAAGUAAACCCAGCCAAAGCAUGGGGUAACCUUGGAAAUGUGUUGAAGAGUCAGAGUAAGAUUGCUGAAGCUGAAAGCGCCUAUAGAAACGCUUUGUACUACCGCAGCAACAUGGCCGACAUGCUGUAUAAUUUAGGGUUGCUGCUACAGGAGAACAGCAGGUUUACUGAAGCAUUGCAUUACUAUAAACUGGCCAUUGGGAGCAGGCCAACCCUGGCUUCGGCGUAUUUAAAUACGGGCAUUAUUCUGAUGAACCAAGGGAAGACAGAAGAAGCCCGGCGAACAUUCCUGAAGUGUUCUGAGAUUCCAGAUGAAAACCUGAAGGACCCUCAUGCACAUAAGAGCUCUGUAACCAGCUGUCUGUACAACCUGGGGAAACUCUAUCAUGAGCAAGGACACUAUGAGGAAGCCCUGAGUGUCUAUAAGGAUGCAAUUCAGAAAAUGCCAAGGCAGUUUGCCCCCCAGAGCUUAUAUAACAUGAUGGGUGAAGCAUACAUGCGGCUAAGCAAGCUUCCAGAAGCUGAGCAUUGGUACACGGAAUCAUUGAGAUCCAAGACUGACCACAUCCCUGCUCACCUCACCUACGGGAAACUGCUCGCUUUAACAGGCCGUAAGAAUGAGGCUGAAAAGUUCUUCUUGAAGGCCAUUGAGCUGGAUCCCACCAAAGGAAACUGUUACAUGCACUAUGGUCAGUUUCUUCUGGAAGAGUCUCGCCUCACAGAAGCAGCCGAGAUGGCCAAGAAGGCAGCUGAACUUGACAGCACUGAGUUUGACGUCGUCUUCAAUGCUGCCCACAUGCUCAGACAAGCUAGCCUCAACGAAGCGGCUGAGAAGUAUUACGACCUGGCAGCCAGACUGAGACCGAAUUACCCAGCUGCCCUCAUGAACCUGGGAGCCAUUCUUCACCUCAAUGGCCGGCUCCAGAAGGCUGAGGCCAACUACUUGAGGGCUCUGCGACUCAAGCCAGACGAUGCCAUCACUCAGUCCAAUCUCCGCAAGCUAUGGAACAUCAUGGAAAAACAAGGUUUGAAGACCUCCAAAACCUGACCCAUGAGGACUGAU